AUGAUUGACACCAGUAAUGAUGACAUUAGUGAACCUUUCAUUCACUCGUUGGAUAAAGACGUAAAGCAUACAGUGCUUUUUGAAGACGAAUUAAUAGUAAUGGACUCUGCUGACUGGCGGAACAGCAUGUUGCUCCGAUUUCAAAUCCUAGGGGGAUACUUCGCCUUUGCAUUCUUUGGGCUUGCAGAUCAAACAGUAGGGACAUUGAUCCCAAUAUACCAAGAUCAUUACAAGAUUAAUGAUGUACAGACAAGUAUGAUUUUUUUAGCGUUGACCUCGGGAUACUUCCUGAUGGCCUUUUUAAGUGGCUGGUCCCACACCAAUUUAGGUGUCAGGGGAGUUGUAGUAAUGGGAAUGUCUUGCAUGAUAUUCUCUUUUAUAAUUAUAUCUACCGACCCCCCGUUCUUCUUAGUGGUUGUGUGUUAUGUAUUUAGUGGGUUAGGGGUUGGUGGUCUUGACGCAAGUCUUGGAACCUGGAUGGGGAACCUUGUAGACUCCAAUGAAAUUAUGGGUAUCUUACAUGGCUUCUAUGGAAUUGGGUGCAUGAUCUCACCUCCGGUAAUCACUUCUUUACUCGAAAGGAAAUCAAAUCCUUGGCACUGGAAUCUGUUUUACCUUGUGCUCGCCUGCCUAGGAUGCUCCAUUUUGGCCUUCCUCAUUUUGACCUACAGGAAUGAAACAGCAAAGAAGUAUAAGUACAUCAAUGUCAUGAAAGGCAGAAAGAACCGGAAAGAUCCACUCCAAGGAGAAAAUGAAGAAGAUGAGUUCGAGUUGGACAGUCUUAGUGGAUCUACUAAUAGACCAGAUGUGGAAGGAGAUGAAUCUGAAGAAGACCAAGAAGAUGAUGACACUCAUGUUUCCAUAUCUGAAGUCAUCAAAUCCCCAAUGGUGUGGGCACUUGCCUUUGCCCUUUUCACAUAUGUUGGAAAUGAAGUAGCCUUUGGAUCCUGGCUCAUUACUUACUUGACUCGUAUUAAAAAAUUCUCAUAUAAACAUUCGUCGUAUCUAGCUUCGACCUUUUGGAUAGGUUUAACUGCCGGAAGAAUUGUCCUUGGUUUUGUAACAACAAGAGCCUUCAAAACAGAGCUUAAGGCAAACUUUGCUUAUGUUAUUUUAACCCUUGCUGGAUACUUUUCUUUCUGGGUACUCACAGCCACAACUUCCAAUGAAUUGGUUAUCUACCCACUGGUAUUUUUCACUGGGGUGGUUGUUGGACCAAUUUUCCCCACAGUAAUUGUAUGUGCCCUAAAAUUGUUACCACACAGACUCCAAACUGCUUCUAUAGGGUUUAUAUGUGCAUUUGGAGGCGGAGGAGGUGCCGUUAUCCCAUUUCUUAUGGGUUUAGUUGCAGAGUCAAAGUUGGGGUUGGAAUGGUUUCCUUUGAUAAAUGUCAUCGUUUCAGGUCUAGUAGCAUGUAUGUGGAUCUUCAUUAUGAAGAAAUAUGGUUCAAAUUUUAGCGCUAAUACCAUUUAG